AUGCAUCCUGAUGUCAGGGGGGUGAUGCAGCCAAAAAACCUCCUUCUUUUCAAAGAGAUGCAGAGAGAUGCUUGUGUGGGCGACGAGAAUCUGUUCCAUGACCUUACUUCGGGUUUCCGCAUCACAGGUGAGUUGGAGCCAUCAGGGCAGUUUCCUCCCAAGUGCAAGGCGGCGGCUCUGUCUGUGGAUGAUCUUCGGAAGACGGCGAAAGGGGCGAAACACCUAUUUGCGUCAUCGUGUCGCAAAGCGGCCAAGGAUAAAGCCGUGGCGAGAGCUGUAUGGCAGGAAUCCCUUGACCAGGUCCAGAGGGGGUGGCUUCCCGGACCAUACAGUUCUUCGGAGGAUGCACGAGUUGGCCCCGAUUGGGUCGCGUCAAAGAGGUUCGGCAUAGUACACGGAGAGAAAAUCCGAGCAGUGGACGACUUGUCCGAAUAUAUGGUCAACUCUACUGUCUCCGAGUCAGAGAAAAUCGUUCUCGAUGGAAUUGAUGAAAUAUUGGCAGUGGCACGCUUUUUCGGAGGAGCGAAAACGGGGGGAGUGCAAGAAUUCAAGCUUCCAGCGCAGGAUGGCAGCGUGUUCAGAGGACGGCUACACGAUGACUUCCGAAAAGGGAGGCCCAGGCUCCUGCGUGGAAGGGCUUUGGAUCUUAAAAGUGCUUACAAGCAACUUGCACGCCGCCCCGAGGAUAGGUGGGCAUCAGUGCUCGCGGUGCUGGAUGUUGAUCGCGAUUGCGUGAUGUUCUUCGAAUCCCUGCACUGCCGUUCGGUUGCCAAAGGUGAUAAGCUAAAAGGGUUUGCCGAUGCCUUUAAUAUGCUUGGUGCCAGGAUUUCCUUUGCAGAAGUGCCUGUUUACACCGAUGGUGCAUGUGAGGCCUCUAGCAUCACUAUGGGGGCAGUUCUUGUCGACCUGUCAGGCACCAAGGAAUUUUUCGGCUGUCCUGUGCCCGAGCCGUUGGUGCUGACAUGGCGGCGGUCCGGCAGGACUCAACUGAUCUUCUUCACUGAAAUCUUCCCAGUUCUUGUGGCCAAGAAAACUUGGAGUGAGAUUUUGAAGAAUCGCAGGGUUUUCUUUUACAUCGACAAUGAGGCUGCGAAGGCGGCUUUGAUACGUGGGUUCUCGCCCCUUCUGGAUGCUUCAGACAUGUUGUUUGAGAUAUUAAUAUUCGAGCAGGAUGUUCUGCUUCAAUGCUUGCCUUGGUAUUCCCGUGUACCUUCAAAAAGCAACUGUGCAGAUUCCGCUUCGCGCUGGGAGUUUGAUGUGUAUGGCACCGACUUCCGACAAGUGCAGCCUGCCCUUGAGUGA